AUGAUGGCGAAGAAGAAGGUGAGACAGACAUUGGGCGAGGAGGCGUCGCUGGACAGUGGGAGUGCAAGUCAACCGUCUGUGCCAUCGGCCACGGCGCAAGCGUCUCAGGCAUCGUCAAGUUCAGGUCCUAAACCGAGAUCUAGAAUUUCCCAUGCGGCUCCAACGACGGCCAUUUCGCCCUCGCUCGUCAUCUGUCGCAACAAGCACUGGCGCCACAUCUCUUCCUAUCACGGACCAUGGCUGCAAAUGCCCUUUGAGCUGCUCGAGACUCUUGCCAACAUCAAUUACAACUCUCCCCUGCCGCGACCCAUCGAUGCUGCCUCCUUCUUCGAUCUUGUCAAGGUGCGACGGCUUGUCGACGAAGCCACCAAUCUUGCUGUGAGGGCUGCUAGCGACAUCGCCUCACCAACGCUGACCAACGUCAAUGGCGGCUUUCCGAGCAUAUCGUCGGCCUUGGGCAUGAGCUCGCAGGGGCCGGGGCCGCCAGUCCACGGCGGGAAACUGAGCAGAGAGCGCAAAUUCCGAAUGAGAGAGCAGGCCAGCCAGAAGCUGGGACGGGCGUAUCGCUUGGACGAAAUCGCCUGCAGCGUUGCGACGAUGCAGGGCGCCUCGCCGCUGGAGGACGUGGGCAGCCUUGUGCUGCAGCGCAGCCCCAAGGAUUCCGACGCCAAAUAUGUGCACUUUUUCCAUGAAAAGAUACCGUCGAGGAAAAUGGCCGAAUCGACGAGCCUGCAGCCUCUGACGGAUAUCAUUGAGGACCGGCCCGGAGAACCAGAGGUGCUGCGGACUCGCGCAACUGUCAAGAUAUUCAAGGAGGAUUUUGACGGCGCCAUUUUCGACCUAACACACGCUCUGUCUAUAUCGCAAUUCGUUCGCAGGUCUCAUGGUUCCAGCCCGGAGGAGACGCAGGUUGGAGAGACGCAACGCACAGCCAGGAGACGACCCCAUGAUAUCAUCUUGUCAGAGAAGGAUCAACCUAGCAGCUUUGAAGCCCAGCUAUACUUCCAGAGGGCAUCGGUGUAUCUAACAAUGGCUACUGAACAUGUCCUGGACAGCAUACCAACACCGUCGUCUAAUCAGGCCAAUGAAGCAGACGAUGGCGAUGCGGGAGCAGAGGCCAGUGGCAAAAGCUCUCCCGAGCCAAAGAAGGAGAGCGCGCGAAAACAGGCCGAGGCGCGGAAAUUGGUCAAGACAUUUGCUAAGCGCGCCAUCAAGGACUGUCUUUCAUUCAUCUCAAACUUCCACUAUUCACCUAACCUCCCCGCCAAAGCUGCCAAGGAGUUCAACGACCGUGUCAACCUCGUCGCGCACGGCAUGCGCAGCUCAAGAGCCAUUGACUCGAGCAGUUGGACAGAGUCACACACAGUCUACUCCUUAUCUGACCUCUUUCGCUCUGUUCCCCCUACCGAUCUCCCACCGUUUCCAUCUCAGGCCGUGAUGAAGCACGACACAUACCAGUCUCCGUCAGAGCGGUUGUUGGCGAAAGCAGCUGCUGUAUGCGAGUGUGUGACAUAUCAUCCGUUGCUCACUGACGCAUUGCACUCUCUUCUCCUUGCCCAUUGCCUCGCCCAGACCUCCACCAAGGAGAUCCAACGGCAUGCUUACAUGGUUGCUCGCCUUGUCAGGCUUGCCGACGGGUAUCCCAUCUUUCAAGCGAACCGGUCCCCUGCGCGAGCCGAUUGGGCAGAGGUCAUCCAUCGUACUGAAAACUGGCUUUCUCUCAGUUCCUCGUGGGACACGCUGUGUUCCCCUGCUCCACUGCCCAUAUACGACGAUGAGCCAUGCUGUGGCCAUCAUUCUUGUAUGCACUCUCACAACCACACCCAAACAGCUGUCAUCUCGGCUGGCAGGGCCGCUUCCGCAGCAGCAGCACUUAUCAACGGCAUGUCCUCUGACGCUGCCGGCGAAGAAGAAAAGCGGCGAAAAGAGCUCAUCCGCGAGCAAGCGAUAUUGGAUGCUCUUGAUGAUGAGCGCGUUACUGACGAAGCAUCUUUCCGCGCAGCCAUUGAAGCCCACGAGAAACGUGCUCAGCGAAAUGACGCUGUCGUUUCGGGCAAGUCUUCCAAUGGCACCACUACCACGCCUAAAUCAAGCCCGGGAACAAGCAUUAGUCCCAACGGUCCAGACGCCAUGAAUGGCACAGACAAGGCGAUGCGUGUAUACGUAACCGAAGAGUCCAAGGAGGAUGCUACUGACGCGGAUCUCCUUUCGCGCCGCUGGUCCGCUGAUGACGGCAGAGACUACCCCAUCAUGACAGACCGCGCCAGUGCAAUUGCGCGAUGGGUGCAAGAAGCUCCCGUCGUUACUGGCACGGCAAAACGCAAGAAGCGCACCAGGAAGACGGGGGUCGCUGCGGAAGGCGCUGAUACGAGGGUCGAUGAGGCUGGAGAGGGAUUGGAGAAACUUGAAAUUUAG